ACACUUGUCCAAGGCAAAGAAUAAAGUCCCAGUUCUUCCUCCUUUUCUCCAGUUCAGUGCUUCCAAAAGCCACCUCCUUAACAAGUUAAACCUCCUCUAAAUUCUCCCUCCCUCUUUAUCUCCUUCAAUUUUCUCCAACACACCAUUUCACAACAACAUCAACAACGACAAAUAUCUCUCUCUCUCUCUCUCUCUUUUCUCUCUCUACUUCAUCAAUGAAUUGAUCGUCGAUUUUCGGUCAUCCGAUCGCUCUUUCAAGGUGCAACAAUGGCGGAAGAACUCGCGAAACUUGUCGAAGCUGUAUCAUCUACUCAAAGCGAUCUCUCUUUGAGACUUCGAACUUCCAGUUCACUCAAAUUAGGGUUGCAUCACUUCUAUUCUAUCCUCAAUUACGGUGUUCAAGCGAUCGAUGGCGAAAAUCAAUCUGAUUUUGAUGAUAAUGCGAAGAAGUUAGGGCUUCAAUGUUGGAGUAUUUCUCAGAUUCAUUCUGUUUGUUCUCUUGCACUUUUGAUUGCUACCGCCACUCGAUCGCUUUCAGUUGAGCAUGUGGAACCUGAGGUUGUUGCUACUUUGCAUGAAUCGAUGGAGUUCGCUUUGUGCUGCUUGGAGAAAUCGAAUAUUAGUGAUGACUUGAGCUUGCAGAAUCUUGCGGUGAAGUUGCUGGAAAUGGGAUUAUUGGGUCAGAUUGAUAAUGAAUCUGAUUCAUCUCAGUCUUGCAUAGCAAGUUCCCUUGUAGAUGGCUUGCCUCCUGUCUCUUUUAGAGAGGGAGGUUCUUUGUUUGAAAAGCACACCCAGUGGAAUACCGUAGGAGAACAACCUGUUGAUCAGCUUGUUAUGAGAUUGACGUCAGAUAUGCAAGUUGGUAAUGCGACACAAUCGCCAACAGACUCCAUCUAUACCCAAGAUUACAACAAGUUGGUGUCCUCAACUCAGCAUUGGGCUGUUCUUCACUUAGGUUGCAUCCGCCGGCUCAUCCUAUUCUGUACAGAACUUGUUCAGCUUCCGGAAGCAUUCGAUGUUAAACUGGCAGAUUUGAGCUUUUGUCGAAAACUAUCUCUUUCAUUGAAUAUUCUGAAGUUACUAAGAAAUCUUGCUAGGAGUGUCCCUUACGUUGAAUUGGACUCUGAAUUGCUGCAGAGUAUUGCUGCUUUUGCUGACGUGUUUCCUGGCAUGUUUAGACCGGGAAUUGAGUUCAUAAGUAGCAAUAUAGCGUUCGAAAAUUACUAUGACAGUGCUGUACUGAAUAUCCUUGAAGAAUUUCUACAUUUGGUACAAAUACUUAGCUGCGGUAAGAGGGUCUUCCAAAACGUUAGGGCAUGUGUUCUGGCUUCUAUACUUGGUAUUUUGGAUCUUAGUGUAUGGAGAUAUAACAAGUCAGUCAGUAAUUUGAAACCUCCUUUGGUUUACUUCCCUCGCUGUGUAAUUUAUGUUGUGAAACUCAUUGGCGAUGUUAAAAAUCAAGGAAAUGAGAAGCAUGUGGUGAGGGAUUUGGGUGCAGACCUCUCCUUGGGUAUAUCUGAUCCUGAUGGCAGAGGUGUGUGUCAAGUUCGAUCUGGCAGUAUACUGUUGUCGAAGAAUUACACAGUUGAGGAACUCUUGGAAAUCAUAUUUCCUAAAUCAAUGCAGUGGGUGGAUAAUCUGAUACAUCUUCUUUGUUUCUUGCAUAAUGAGGGAGUGAAAUUGCAGCCAAAACUUGAGAAAUCUUCUUCAUGUGCAAAAUCCAGUUCCAUUCCUGAGUUGGAAAACACUAAUUGCCACGAUGAUGAAGCCUUAUUUGGAGAUCUCUUUUCCGAGGGUGGUCGCUCUGUUGGAUCAAAUGAUGGAUAUGAGCAAGUACCUUCUGUUAAUCCCCUCACUGGUUCUUAUGAAAUGAUAAUACAAGCUGCUGCUGAAAUUUUCAUCUUCCUUAAGUCCUGCGUAUUUUCUCCAGAAUGGUGUGCUCCUGUGUAUGAGGAUGCUUGCAAGAAGCUUGGCAGAGAUCAUAUUGAUUCUCUGCUGGCGAUGCUUGGCUCUCAAAUUUGUUACUAUGAUGGGUUUGAUGGUGGGCCUGGUGUUCAUGAGCAAAGGAGGAUAGAGCAAAUUCAAGAGAUAUGUUUCGAGAUGUUGCAUGGUCUGCUUAAGCAUCAUGCUCUCUCUGAUGUGCUGGAGGAGCACCUUGUACUUCAAAUAUUGAAGGUUGAAAAUGGGUCUUUUGCUUACAAUGAUCAAACCCUUGUAUUGGUCGCUCAGACAUUAGUCUGUAGAGUGGGUUCAGCUGGCAGCCAUUUGAGAAAUAAACUUUACAGGCAGUUUGUGAAUUUUAUAGUUGAAAAAGAAAAAGAUGUACGCUCAAAUUGUCCCAUACUAAGGGAACUUGUCAUCUCUCUUCCUAAUGUCUUUCACAUGGAGAUUAUUCUUUUGGCCUUCCAUCUGUCUUCUGAAAGUGAAAAGGUGGCUCUAGCAGACCUCAUUUUCUCUCAUUUAAAGACCUUUGCUGCCAGUUCACAGAUGUUGAGCAGUUCGCAACUAUCUUGCUGGGCUCUGAUAGUUUCACGAUUGAUUGUAAUUUUUCGACAUAUGUUGUUGAAUUUUCGUGCUUGUCCAACAUCAUUGCUCAUGGAUUUCAGAUUGAAGCUGAAUGUAGCCCGACUUACUGGAUGCCAGAAUCGCCAACCCAAUGAUUCUGUGAUAUCUUGGUCCUCUAUUGUAGUCGGGAAGGUUAUGAGUUCGUUUAUUAAGGAAGAGUCUCUCCUCGGCAACCUGCUUAAUCAUCUUAUUGAUUUUGAAUCUGGCCCUGCGAGGCUGGUUAGCUGUGAUGCAGCCGAUGCUAGUCCCUUUGGGAGUUGGAAUGACAUAUAUGCUGUCUUUUCACCACUUGUGGGGCUAUGGAGGGGUAAGAAGGCUGCAACAAUUGAAGAUUUAGUUCUCGAGAGGUACAUGUUUCUGCUUUGCUUGGAUAUGCCUGCUGCUGGGUUGUCAGUGAACCGUCUGUCCUCCAUUUGGAGUGCCAACUGUGAUCUUGAUACAUCAAAUAUUGAGCAUUUUGUUCUUUUUAGCCAUUUAUUGCUGGGACAUUAUGAUCUUGUAAAUAGCCAUGUGGACCCUGUGGAUAUGAUCUCAAGGUUGCUUCAGCACUUGUGCUCUGUUUCCAUGCCUGAUGACAUUCUGGAGUUUGGUUGGGACUGGUUGAGAAGUGGGCAGUGGCUUUCCGUGGUUCUUUCUUUCCUUUAUACUGGUUUUGGAAGCUACUGUUUUAAGAAUUCUGUCCCAGCAGUCGACUUUAUAUGGACAGAAAAUGCAUCUGAUUCGGAGUUCGUUGCCUUUGCUGAAGGUUUCAUCGCAUUGAUGUUGGAAACUAAUAAAGUCCCUGUGAUACUGAAAAGUUUGUCUGCAUUAUUGACUAAAUAUAUCAGUGUGUACCAGAAGGCCUUUUUGUUCAUCAUUAGUGAGAACCAGUCACAUGCCCAGAAUUAUUCUCCUCUUUUGCUUCUCAAACACACUGAAUUUGAUGAGUGCAUGACGGAGGAAAUCCUGGUGAAGAAUGGUCUUGUUCAUGUGGGAUUGGAGUCUGUUUAUGACCUCAUUACAAAGAUUGACAGUGUAACAACCAAGAGGGCUUCCCACUUACUGGGUGUUAUAUCCUCUGAAUGCAUGCUUCAUGGUUUCCCCACGCACCCUCAAGCCUCCAGUGGGGUCCUCAUUUCCUCUAUUCUCAGUAUCAGAGGAAUAAUUUGUCUUCUUGAUUUGCUAAUUAAAAUCAGUGGGACAAGGGGAGGAAUUUCUUUGGAGACUGGCGUGCUCCAUGAGAUUCUUGACUCUGUGAUGUCAGUGAAAUAUGAUAAGGUUUUUAAAAACUUGGGUGAGAAGUGUGGAGAUAUAUGUCGUGGGUGUGCAGGUGCAGAAGGGCCAGAUUAUAGUUCAUUGUUUCUGAUGAAGCAGAUUGAAGGAUUUCUUUCGGACAUCAAUCUUAGUGGGAGUGCCGACCACGUUAAGGUUGAACAAUUAGUUGUCAAAGCUGUUGAUGUGAUGGACGCUCUUCAGCGAGAUCUCAUUGGGGUCAAUGUUCUCAGAUUUUAUCUUGGUGCUGAAGAUGUUUCCCAACAGGAUGUUGAACUUUAUGGUUCACAGCGUGGUGAUUUGCUUGUUCUGAUCGACUCUCUAGAAAGCUGUCACUCUGAAUUAGUCAAUGCCAAGGUUCUCAAUUUCUUUAUUGAUGUUUUGUCAGGGGACCUGGGCCCUUAUGUCAAACAAAGAAUUCAAAAGAAAUUUCUUGGUAUAGAUAUAAGCUGUCUGUCCAAGUGGUUUGAGAAGAGAUUGUUGAGUUUCUCGACUGAAGAUUCUGCUAAUCUUACAUCAGCAGUUACAUGUGCUAAAGGAAGUUUAAUGUCCCUCAGAGAAUCAACCAUGAGCUUCAUCUUGUGCCUUGUAUCUCCUGAUGACCCGCUUUCUAGAGAAUUAUACAGCCAUUUGUUUAAUGCUUUGCUUGUUUCGUUGGAGACAGCUUUUAAAGUAUAUGAUAUUCACACUGCAAAAUCUUAUUUUGGUUUUGUGACUCAACUCUUAAGAGACGAGCCUUCAAUGAGACUACUGCUGCAGAGUAGUCUCUCUUUGAUGGAGAAGCUCGCUGUUGAGGAGCAUCAGCUGCAGGGAUUGAAGUUCCUUUUCAGUUUCUUUGAGGUUAUUCUGACUGAUUCUGGAUCUUUUGCAUCUAUUCCAACUAAAAGCACUGCGAAAUCCUUGUCCGGGAGCAGUCGUGGGCUGGGAUCUAUUUCUAGUAGAACAGGUGGCUCUAGAAAAAGUACCGACACUCUGAUUCUUAGUGCUAAUCAGGAUGGUAGCUCAGUGUCUUUUGAGUAUGAUGCAGCAUCUAUAGAUGAAGAUGAGGACGAUGGAACAUCUGAUGGGGAGGUGGCAAGCAUAGACAAGGACGAUGAAGAGGAUUCCAGUAGUGAACGGGCCCUUGCUUCCAAAGUCUGCACAUUUACUUCUAGCGGCAGCAAUUUCAUGGAACAGCAUUGGUACUUUUGUUAUACUUGUGAUCUGACUGUGUCAAAAGGCUGUUGCUCUGUUUGUGCAAAAGUGUGUCACCGUGGUCAUCGUGUUGUAUACUCACGUUCUAGUCGUUUCUUCUGUGAUUGUGGAGCCGGGGGUGUUAGAGGGAGCACAUGCCAGUGUUUGAAGCCAAGGAAAUUCACUGGAAGCAAUGUUGCACCUGCUAAAGGCCCUGGCAGUUUCCAAUCAUUACUGCCUUUCACGGAGGAUGGAGAUCAAUUGCCAGAUAGUGAUUCGGAUCCUGAUGAAGAUGCUUCUAUUGAAGCAGAUAACUCGCUGAGGCUUUCUGUCCCUAACGACAUCCAAGGUGCAAUUCCUCGUCUUUAUGAAGAACUUGACCUUGAGGCUCAGGUGCUUAAAAUUUGUAACUUGCUUCUGCCUUCCAUCACAAGGAGAAGGGAUGGAGAUCUUUCGAGAGAUAAAAAUCUUAUUUUAGGAGUAGAGAAAGUACUAUCAUAUGGAUCUGAUCUCCUGCAGUUGAAGAAGGCUUACAAAAGUGGUUCCUUAGAUCUUAAGAUUAAGGCAGAUUACUCCAAUGCAAAGGAACUCCGUUCUCUUCUAGCUAGUGGCGCUCUUAUGAAAUCUUUGCUCAGUGUGAGCGGUCGUGGUAGGCUUGCUGUGGGGGAGGGUGAUAAAGUUGCUAUAUUUGAUGUUGGACAGCUUAUUGGACAGGCCACUGUCGCACCUGUGACGGCGGACAAGACUAAUGUUAAGCCUCUUUCGAAGAAUGUAGUUCGUUUUGAAAUUGUGCAUCUUGCUUUUAACCCUUUGGCUGAGAAUUAUCUUGCUGUCGCUGGGUACGAUGACUGCCAGGUCUUCACUGUUACUCCUCGGGGUGAAGUGACAGAUCGUCUUGCUAUUGAAUUAGCUCUUCAGGGUGCUUAUAUUAGGCGGGUUGAUUGGGUCCCAGGCUCUCAAGUGCAACUGAUGGUGGUCACUAAUAGGUUCGUUAAGAUUUAUGAUCUAUCACAGGACAACAUCAGCCCCUUGCAUUACUUCACGUUGGCAGAUCAGAUGAUUACGGAUGCUGUACUCUCUGUGGCAUCUCAGGGUACAGUCUAUCUCAUUGUGCUUUCAGAACUGGGAAACUUGUUCAAGCUCCAGUUGUCGACUGAAGUCAAUGCGGGGACGAAACAAUUGAAUGAAAAAGUUGAUAUUUCCACUAGAGAUGUCCAUGUCAAAGGGUCGUCUUUGUACUUCUCAUCUACCUAUAAGUUACUCUUUGUAUCGUAUCAAGAUGGAAGUACCUUUAUUGGGCGGCUGAACUCAGAUGCAACAUCUUUAACAGAGAUUUCGGCUGUAUAUGAGGAUGAACAAGAUGACAAGCGACGACCAGCUGGGUUGCAUCAUUGGAAAGAAUUGAUGCCUGGUAGUGGGUUAUUUGUGUGCUUUUCAAGCUGGAGAUCAAAUGCUGCACUUGCUGUGUCCUUGGGAGCUCAUGAGAUUUUCUCUCAGAAUAUACGACAUGCAGUUGGUUCAAACUCACCUGUGGUUGGUGCAACUGCUUAUAAACCUUUAUCCAAGGACAAGAUCCACUCUCUUAUCCUGCAUGAUGAUGGUAGCCUUCAGAUAUUUUCACAUGUUCAAGCUGCAGGUGAUUCUGGGUCAAAUGCAACAUCUGAGAAGGUAAAAAAAUUGGGUCCAAACAUCCUCAGCAAUAAAGCUUACGCUGGUGUGAACCCUGAAUUUCCUCUCGAUUUCUUUGAGAAGACAGUGUGCAUCACUGCUGAUGUAAAAUUGGGUGGUGAUGCUGUCAGAAAUGGCGAUUCUGAAGGAGCUAAACAGAGCUUAACAUCUGAAGAUGGGUUUCUUGAAAGUCCCAGCUCUUCUGGGUUUAAGAUUACAGUGUCAAAUUCAAACCCUGAUAUAGUAAUGGUUGGCAUCCGUGUACAUGUUGGAAAUACCUCAGCAAAUCACAUCCCUUCUGAUAUAACUAUUUUUCAGAGGGUGAUCAAAUUAGAUGAAGGCAUGCGGUGUUGGUAUGACAUUCCUUUUACUGUUGCCGAGUCUCUCCUUGCUGAUGAAGAAUUUACAGUGUCAGUGGGUACAACUUUCAAUGGCUCUGCAUUGCCUAGAAUAGACUCACUGGAGGUUUAUGGACGCCCCAAAGACGAGUUUGGCUGGAAAGAGAAAAUGGAUGCAGUUCUUGACAUGGAAUCUCGUGUGCUUGGAAGUAAUUCAUGGGCUAUUACAUCCAGGAAAAAGAUCCGUUCUAUGCAGUCUGCGCCUCCUGAGGAAGAAGUGUUGGCAGACGGGCUCAAACUUCUAUCAAGAUUGUAUUUGCUAUGCAAGCCUCAGGGGUGCUCAAAAGUUGAAGAUAUGAAACCAGAAUUAAGUGUGCUUAAGUGCAAGCAGCUGCUUGAAACUAUUUUUGAAAGUGAUGGAGAGCCACUACUCCAGUCUUCUGCAUGCCGUAUUUUGCAGGCUGCAUACCCUAAAAGAGAAAUCUAUUACCAAGUUAAGGAUAGUAUGCGCCUUCUUGGUGUGGUAAAAUCUGCAGCUUUGAUAUUAUCAAGGUUGGGGGUGGGUGGUUCUACAUCAGCAUGGAUUAUAGAGGAAUUCACAGCUCAGAUGCACGCUGUGUCUAAGAUUGCUUUGCAUCGGAGGUCAAAUUUGGCUGCUUUUCUUGAGAUGAAUGGUUCUCAAGUAGUAGAUGGGCUUAUGCAAGUCUUGUGGGGAAUAUUGGAGAUAGAGCAGCCAGACACACAGACCAUGAAUAAUAUUGUCAUAUCUUCUGUGGAACUUAUUUAUUGCUAUGCGGAAUGUUUGGCUUUACAUGGGAAGGAGGCUGGUGGACACUCCGUCGCAGCUGCAGUAGUGUUGUUAAAGAAACUUUUAUUUUCUCCUAAUGAGGCUGUCCAGACAGCAAGCAGCCUGGCAAUUUCUUCAAGAUUGCUCCAAGUUCCAUUUCCAAAGCAAACUAUGCUGGCUACUGAUGAUGCGGCAGACAAUGCUACUUCAGCAUCGGCCCAUGUGGAUACAGUGACUGCGUCUGGAGGCAAUGCCCAGGUCAUGAUGGAAGAAGAAACUGUCACAUCCUCGGUUCAAUAUUGUUGUGAUGGUUGCUCCACUGUUCCUAUAUUAAGGCGAAGAUGGCAUUGCACUGUUUGCCCAGAUUUUGAUUUAUGUGAAGCAUGUUAUGAAGUGGUGGAUGCAGAUCGGCUUCCUCCACCACAUUCCCGAGAUCAUCUGAUGACGGCAAUCCCAAUAGAAGUGGAAAAUUUAGGUGGAGAGGGAACUGAAAUUCAUUUUCCCUCCGGCGAGUUAAGUGUUUCAGGCAUUUUGCCAACCUCGUCAAACUCAAAUGUGCAAAAUUCUACCCCAUCUAUCCAUGUGCUGGAACCCAAUGAGCUUGAGGAUUUCUCACCUUCCGUGUUGGAUCCAAUCUCGAUCUCUGAAUCGAAGCGAGCUGUAAAUUCCUUGCUUCUCUCCGAGCUCUUGGAUCAGUUGAGAGGCUGGAUGUUGACAACCUCUGGUGUUAGAGCUAUUCCUGUCAUGCAACUUUUUUAUCGGCUAUCUUCUGCUGUCGGUGGACCUUUUAUACAUAGCUCAAACCCUGAAAGCUUAGAUCUGGAGAAACUGAUAAAGUGGUUUCUGGAUGAGAUUAAUCUUAAAAAACCAUUUGUUGCCAGAAGUCGAUCUUCUUGUGGUGAAGUCACAAUCCUUGUCUGUAUGUUCUUUACCCUAAUGCUAAGAAAUUGGCACCAGCCUGGGAGUGAUGGCUCUGUUCCAAAAUCCGGUGGAUCCUCCGAUACACUUGAUAGAAGCUAUAUUCAAAAUCCAUUGUCUGCUUCAUUUGCUGCUGCAGUAUCUUCAGACAACCAAGACAAGAAUGACUUCACUAUGCAGCUGCUAAGAGCUUGUAAUGUUCUUCGCCAACAGUCUUUUGUUAAUUAUCUCAUGGAUAUUUUGCAGCAGCUAGUCCAUGUUUUUAAGUCAACUGCUGGUAAUCUUGAAAGUUCAUCUAGUUCGCACCAUGGUUCUGGGUGCGGGGCUCUACUAAGUGUCCGAAGAGAGCUUCCAGCAGGCAAUUUUUCUCCGUUCUUUUCAGAUUCAUAUGCAAAGGCCCAUCGAGUCGACAUCUUUGCCGACUAUCAUAGACUCUUGUUGGAGAAUACUUUCCGUUUGGUCUACAGUCUGGUUCGUCCUGAAAAGCAUGAGAAAAGUGGGGAAAAAGAGAAGGUGUACAAACUUUCUUCCAGCAAAGACUUGAAAUUAGAAGGAUAUCAAGAUGUUCUUUGCAGUUAUAUAAAUAAUCCACACACAACUUUUGUUAGAAGGUAUGCAAGAAGACUCUUUCUGCAUUUAUGUGGAAGCAAGUCUCACUAUUACAGUGUGCGGGACUCGUGGCAGUUCUCAAGUGAAAUUAAGAGGCUGCACAAACAUGUAAACAAGACUGGUGGUUUUCAGAAUCCUGUCCCAUAUGAAAGAAGUGUUAAAAUCAUAAAGUGCUUGUGCACAAUGGCUGAAGUAGCUGCUGCACGUCCUAGAAACUGGCAGAAGUACUGUUUGAGGCAUGCAGAAGUUUUGCCUCUUUUGUUGAAGUGGAUAUUCUAUCUUGGGGAGGAGUCUGUCAUUCAGACACUCAAACUCCUAAAUUUGGCUUUCUACACUGGGAAGGAUAUGAACCAUUCUUCUCAGAAAGUGGAAUCAGGGGAUGCUGCAGUGGGCUCUAAUAAAUCUGCAUCACAGUCGCAGGAUACUAAGAAGAAAAAGAAAGGAGAUGAUGGAACAGAGUCUGGUUCUGAAAAAUCUUGCUUAGACAUGGAAGUUGCUGUUGACAUCUUCACUGAUAAGGAUGGUGAAGUCUUGAGGCAAUUCAUUGAUUGCUUUCUUCUUGAGUGGAACUCAAGUGCUGUGCGUGCUGAAGCAAAGUGUGUUCUUCACGGCAUCUGGCAGCACGGAAAGCAGUUGUUUAAGGAGAACAUGUUGAGGGUGCUCUUUGAGAAAGUGAAGUGUUUGCCGAUGUAUGGACCAAACAUAGCUGAGUAUACGGAAUUGCAAACAUGGUUGCUUGGCAAAGUUCCUGAUGUGAGCUCAAAGCAGCUAAAUGCUGAACUUUUAGAUAAAUGCUUGACUUCUGAUGUCAUUCAGUGCUUCUAUGAGACUCUUCAUAUGCAGAAUGAACUACUGGCUAAUCAUCCAAAUUCUCGUAUAUACAACACAUUGAGUGGUCUGGUGGAGUUUGAUGGAUAUUAUUUAGAAAGUGAGCCUUGUGUCUCUUGUAGCUCUCCUGAGGUGCCUUACAGUAGGAUGAAGCUGGAGAGCCUGAAAUCUGAGACUAAAUUCACAGAUAACCGUAUAAUAGUGAAAUGUACGGGAAGCUACACCAUUCAAUCUGUUACAAUGAAUGUGCAUGAUGCUCGGAAGUCCAAAUCAGUUAAGGUUCUGAACUUGUAUUAUAACAACAGACCUGUGACCGAUUUAUCAGAGUUAAAAAAUAAUUGGUCAUUGUGGAAGCGCGCCAAAAGCUGCCACCUUGCGUCUAAUCAGACAGAGCUGAAAGUAGAUUUCCCUAUUCCGAUUACUGCUUGCAACUUCAUGAUUGAACUCGAUUCCUUCUAUGAAAAUCUUCAGGCUUCAUCAAUGGAACCGUUGCAAUGCCCAAGAUGUAGCCGGCCUGUCACUGAUAGGCAUGGUAUAUGCAGCAACUGCCAUGAGAAUGCAUAUCAAUGUAGACAAUGCCGCAACAUCAAUUAUGAAAAUUUGGACUCAUUUCUGUGCAAUGAAUGUGGAUACAGUAAAUAUGGCCGUUUUGAGUUCAACUUCAUGGCAAAACCCAGCUUUACUUUCGAUAACAUGGAAAAUGACGAGGAUAUGAAGAGAGGACUUGCAGCAAUUGAAUCUGAAUCAGAAAAUGCCCACAGGAGGUAUCAACAACUUUUGGGGUUCAAAAAACCCUUACUUAAGAUUGUAUCCAGCAUUGGUGAGAAUGAUAUAGACUCACAGCAAAAGGAUUCUGUGCAGCAGAUGAUGGUUUCCUUGCCUGGACCUUCCUGUAAGAUAAAUCGUAAAAUUGCACUUCUAGGUGUGCUCUAUGGUGAGAAGUGCAAGGCAGCUUUUGAUUCUGUGAGCAAAAGUGUCCAGACACUGCAAGGGCUUCGACGAGUUUUGAUGAAUUAUCUGCACCAGAAACACUGUGCUCAGACCACAGAACCUUCAAGAUUUGUGGUUUCCAGGACACCGAGCAGUUGCUAUGGCUGUGCUACCACGUUUGUUGUCCAGUGCCUUGAGAUAUUGCAGGUUCUAUCAAAGCAUCCUAAUUCAAAGAGACAGCUUGUCGCAUCGGGCAUCUUAACGGAAUUGUUUGAGAACAAUAUUCAUCAAGGUCCAAAGUCUGCUCGCUCACAAGCAAGAGCUGUGCUUUGUGCUUUUUCCGAGGGUGAUAUGAAUGCUGUUAAUCAGUUGAAUAAUCUGAUACAGAAGAAAGUCUUGUACUGCCUUGAACAUCAUCGAUCCAUGGACAUUGCUGUGGCUACCCGAGAAGAAAUGUUGUUGCUCUCAGAGAUUUGUUCGUCAACUGAUGAAUUUUGGGAAUCGAGGCUACGUGUUGUUUUCCAGUUGCUAUUUACUUCAAUUAAAGUGGGUUCCAAUCAUCCAGCCAUAUCAGAGCAUGUAAUUCUUCCUUGCUUGAGGAUCAUAUCUCAGGCAUGUACCCCUCCGAAAGCUGAUAUGCUGGACAAAGAAUCAAGUGGAAAAUCUCAACCAUCAAAAGAUGCUAGUAAUUCAGAUGUUACUGGUACAUUAGGUGUGCCAGCCAAUGUGAGUAGUUCUACGUCAGAGUUGGUGGAGAGAAAUUGGAAUGGUUCACAGAAGACUCAAGACAUUCAUUUGUUGAGUUAUUCAGAAUGGGAAAAGGGUGCAUCAUAUCUUGAUUUUGUCAGGAGGCAGGGUAAAGUUUCACAGGCAUUCAGAGGUCCCGGCCACAAGUCACGACCUCAGAGAUAUGACUUUUUAGCUUUGAAGUAUGGACUUAGGUGGAAGCGCCGUGCUUGUGCUCGGAAUAACUUUGCAUCGUUUGAACUGGGAUCAUGGGUUUCUGGACUUAUACUAAGUGCUUGUUCGCAAUCAAUAAGAUCAGAGAUGUGUAUGUUGGUGAAUCUGCUCUGUGCCCAGAGUUCAUCUAGACGGUUCCGCUUGUUGAACUUGUUGAUGGCAUGGUUGCCCUUGACUCUCUCUGCUGCUGAAAAUGCUGUGGAGUAUUUUGACUUGCUCUUUAAGAUGAUAGAGAUGGAAGAUGCUCGCUUAUUCCUUACUGCCGGGGGAUGUUUAAGCACCAUAUGCAAGUUGAUUACGCAAGAAGUUAACAAUAUCGAAUCCUUGGAGAGGAGUCUGCAUAUCGACAUUUCACAGGGGUUCAUACUGCACAAACUAAUAGAGCUUCUUGGGAAAUUUUUGGAGAUCCCAAACAUCAGAGCAAGAUUUAUGCGAGACGACUUGCUCUCUGAAGUUCUAGAAGCCCUCAUUGUCAUUCGGGGAUUAGUCGUCCAGAAGACAAAAUUAAUUAGUGAUUGCAAUCGUCUUCUGAAAGAUUUGCUGGAUAGCCUUCUGCAGGAAAGCAGUGAGAAUAAGCGACUAUUUAUACGGGCUUGUAUCUGUGGUUUGCAGAUUCACGGAGAUGAGAAGAAAGGACAAAUUUCUUUGUUUAUCUUGGAGCAACUUUGCAAUCUAAUCUGUCCAUCAAAACCAGAGUCCGUGUACUUCCUGAUUCUUAAUAAGGCCCACACUCAGGAAGAAUUUAUUAGGGGUAACAUGACCAAAAAUCCCUAUUCUAGUGCUGAAGUUGGUCCUCUGAUGCGUGACGUGAAAAACAAAAUAUGUCAUCAGCUGGAUAUGUUGGGUCUUAUAGAAGAUGACUAUGGAAUGGAAUUGCUAGUUGCUGGGAAUAUCAUCUCUCUAGAUCUGAGUGUUGCUCAAGUUUAUGAGCAAGUGUGGAAGAAGGCCAACAUUCAAUCGUCAAAUACUGUUGCUAAUGCGACCAUGCUAACUGCUGGUGGUACUGCUUCAACAAGAGAUUGUCCUCCUAUGAUUGUGACAUAUCGUCUCCAGGGAUUGGAUGGUGAAGCCACAGAACCCAUGAUUAAAGAGCUGGAUGAAGAUAGAGAGGAAUCUCAAGAUCCAGAGGUUGAGUUUGCAAUAGCAGGUGCAGUUAGGGAGUAUGGUGGGAUGGAAAUCAUAUUGGGCAUGAUUAAGCGGCUACGAGAUGAUUUGAAGUCCAACCAUGAGCAGUUAAUAGUGGUGCUCAAUCUUCUGAUGUAUUGCUGUAAGAUAAGGGAGAACAGACGAGCCCUAUUAAGGCUAGGAGCUUUAAGUCUACUUCUUGAAACUGCAAGACGUGCUUUCUCUGUUGAUGCUAUGGAGGCCGCUGAAGGCAUUCUUUUGAUUGUUGAGGCACUGACCUUGGAAGCUAACGAGAGUGAUAAUAUCAACAUUACCCAGAGUGGUCUUACUAUCACUAGUGAAGAAACUGGUGCUGGUGAACAGGCCAAGAAGAUAGUACUAAUGUUCUUGGAACGACUAUCUCAUACUUCUGGUCUGAAGAAAUCAAGUAAACAACAAAGGAACACCGAGAUGGUUGCUAGAAUAUUGCCUUACUUGACCUAUGGUGAACCUUCAGCCAUGGAAGCCCUUGUCCAGCAUUUUGAUCCAUAUCUACAGAACUGGACAGAAUUUGAUAGGCUACAAACGCAGCAUGAAGAUGAUCCAAAAGAUGACGGCAUUGCACAGAGAGCGGUCAAUCAGAGGUUUGCAGUGGAGAACUUUGUCCGAGUCUCCGAGUCCCUUAAAACAAGCUCUUGUGGGGAGCGAUUGAAGGAUAUUAUACUGGAGAAGGGAAUUACUGGAGUUGCAGUUGGGCAUCUUAGAGAGAUAUUUGCAGUUGCUGGGCAUCCUGGUUACAAAUCUAUGGCAGAGUGGACACUGGGUUUGAAACUUCCAUCUGUUCCCCUUAUAUUAUCUAUGCUGAGAGGACUAUCAAUGGGCCAUUUGCCAACACAAAACUGCAUCAACGAGGGAGGCAUCUUACCUUUGCUCCAUGCAUUGGAAGGAGUAUCUGGAGAGAAUGAGAUUGGAGCAAGGGCUGAAAAUUUACUGGACACUCUCUCUGACAAGGAAGGAAAUGGAGAUGGGUUCCUUGGGGAGAAAAUUCUCAACUUACGGCAUGCCACAAGGGAUGAGAUGAGGCGUCGUGCUCUAAGGAAAAGGGAAGAACUGCUACAGGGACUCGGAAUGCGGCAAGAGCUGUCUUCUGAUGGUGGAGAGCGUAUAGUUGUUUCUCGGCCAAACCUUGAAGGUUUUGAAGAUGUGGAGGAAGAAGAAGAUGGGUUAGCCUGCAUGGUAUGCAGAGAAGGUUACAGUUUGAGACCCAAUGAUCUGCUAGGAGUAUACUCCUACAGCAAGCGGGUAAACUUAGGUGCUGGCACAUCAGGAAGUGCUAGAGGAGAAUGUGUCUACACCACAGUGAGUCAUUUCAAUAUCAUCCAUUUCCAGUGUCAUCAGGAAGCUAAAAGAGCAGAUGCUGCUCUGAAGAAUCCCAAGAAAGAGUGGGAAGGGGCUACCCUUAGGAACAAUGAAACUCUCUGUAAUGCCUUGUUUCCUAUCAGAGGUCCUGCUGUUCCAUUGGGUCAGUAUGUCCGCUAUGUGGACCAGUACUGGGAUAAUCUCAAUGCGCUUGGACGUGCUGAUGGAAGUCGCCUUCGGCUAUUGAUGUAUGACAUUGUUCUGAUGCUCGCCCGUUUUGCAACAGGAGCGUCUUUCAGUUCAGACAGCAAAGGUGGUGGGAAAGAGAGUAACUCCAAAUUUCUGCCCUUUAUGAUCCAGAUGGCUCGUCACCUGCUAGAUCAAGGGAGUGGUUCUCAGCGUCGUUCAAUGGCAAGGGCAAUUUCGUCAUAUCUCACCUCAUCCUCUGAUUCUCGACCUUCACCCUCGUCUCCAUUGCAGCCUUCUGGUGGAACAGAAGAGACUGUACAAUUUAUGAUGGUAAGCUCCCUCCUCACAGAGUCGUAUGAGUUUUGGCUCCAGCACCGCCGUGCCUUCAUUCAACGAGGGAUCUACCACGCAUACAUGCAACACGCGCACAGCAAAUCUUUGCCUCGAGGAUCAAGUUCCACAAGAUCUGAACAAGUAACAAGUGGUAGUGAUGAUUUACUACCCAUCAUUCAACCUAUGCUUGUGUACACUGGUCUUAUAGAACAGCUCCAGCAGUUCUUCAAACCAAAACAGUCCACAGUUGGGGCAUCUACUGAUGGUGAAGGAACAUCGAAAGAAGGCGAAGGGGAUGAUGAAAAUGGCUUAGAGAGUUGGGAAGUAGUAAUGAAGGACAAAGUAUUGGAUAUGAAGGAGAUGGUAGGUUUCUCAAAGGAGCUUUUAUCAUGGUUGGAUGAUAUGACUUCUGCUGGGGACUUACAGGAAGCUUUUGAUGUUAUUGGUGCCUUGGCAGAUGUGUUAUCUGGUGAGAAUAAAAGUUGUGAAGAAUUUGUGCAGGCGGCUAUAAAUGCAGGGAAGAAUUGAAACAAUUUGUAUACUUCGGCAGAUUGUAAUUUUGAUGUACAAUAAUUCAAGUGUUUCCCUCCUUUUUAGGGCUAUGUUGUAGAUUACCAAACUGCCGAAGUUGUCCAUGUUGAUAUUAUGUGAAAUUUUCCACCUCUAAUCAAGGAAAGUCUCAAUUUUGCUUGAGCUUUUUAUGGGUUA